UCCCCCGUACUCUCUCUUUCUCCAUCCAUCUCCAGUUGCCCACACCUCCCUACUCGGUACACGCCCGCCCACGAUUUGGUGACGGGACGCCAGAGAGGGUCGAGACCCAGCAUACCAAAGUUUACUUUUUUUCCUUGUUCGAGCUUCUGGCUUCCUUCUAGAUAACAUGUCCACCACAAAUAGUCACCCAGGACUAUCCUACAACGUCGGUAACAUCAGGCGAGCCUUUCCGCCACCGCAUCCACACAACCCACCCAACAAGCCAUCGCCAUCGCUCCCGCAGCACGCGUCCCCGUAUCAGUCUCAAGCUUACCAGCCUCAGCCGGCGCCGUCGAGCCAGUACUCCGUCUACCCAUACACUCCUCCCGCCGUCAACAGUCAACAAACGGUCCAAAAUGCCGCACGACAGCCCUCGCAGGUGCCGCCCACGCUGCCCGGACCGCGCCAGCGAGGCCCUCCUUCGAGACAGAUGCAACCCGCCCCGAGCUACCUACAGCAGGCCAUGAAUCACCAGCCCAUGGCUCAGCAGCCGAUGACUUCCCAGAGCAUAAACAACCAGCCCAUGAACCCACAGCAGCUCAGCCAGCAGUCGCUGAGCCAUCAAUCUCUGAGCCAGCCCAGCCUGUCCCAGCAACCCUUGAGCCAGCAGACUCUCGGUCAACCAUCGUUGGGCUCACAGUCUCUUACUCCUCAGUCUAUCAGUCAACAGAUUCAGCAGCAGCAGCAGCAGCAGCAGCAGCAGCAGCCCUUGAGCCAACCUCCCCUGAGCCAGCCUCCAAUGGCACAAUCCAUGACCCAGUCUCUCAGCCACCAGUCUCUGGCCCAGCCGGUGCAGAGUGUGCAGUCAGUGCAGCCCACCCAGCAAAACGGCAACCCGAUCAUAUCGCACUCUCAGCAGUCUACUCCCCAGCCUCCGCCCCACCCGGCCCUUCCCACCUCCCUGCCGCAGAUUGCCCAGGUGCAGGUGCCACAGGUGCAAAAAGUCCAGCAGGUUCAGCCUGUCCAACAACAACCAACGCCUCCGCAGCCCGAGUCUGCCGAGCCGGUACAAGGAAAUCAGGAUGAAGAAAUGGAGAUGGGAAGCCAGGAAGAAGGAGAGGGUGACACGUCAAUGGAGCCCAAGCUGAUCGAGGGCACCCCGUUCGUGCCGCGUCAACCAAUGGGGCCAAUGAUGUCUGCCCCUCCCGAAGGUGGUAGUUUCCCGACUCUGGAGGCUGUCCACAAGCAUGUUUUGACCUACUGCACGUCUGUUGGCUAUGCCAUUGUCAUCGGACGUUCCAAGAAGACGGUUCCCGGCCUCAAAAAGGUUCUUUUUGUCUGUGAUCGUGCCGGCAAACCCCCAAAACGCGUGAGUCCUGAACUUCGAAAGCGCAAGACCACAUCCCGGAAAUGUGAUUGCCAGUUCGGAUUCUUUGCCAUCGAGCAGAGAACCCAGUGGACGGUGCGUUACCGCCCAGAUCCCGCUCACCUGCAGCAUAACCAUGGUCCGAGUGAGAGCCCACUGCUGCACCCGGCAGCUAGGAAGCUGGAUAGCAAGAUGGUUGAAGAUAUCAAAAAUCUGAAAGAGAGCGGGGUAGGUGUCACGCAAACGCUGGAGAUCCUUCAGCAGCACAACCCCCAUGUCCCUCUUCUUCCUCGCGAUAUAUACAAUGCCAGGGCCGCCAUCAACCGACAUCCUGAAAAGGUCGCAACCGGAUUAGCCGAGAACAGGCCGACCAUCUACAGCAAACCUCAUCCGUCGGCAGAGGAAAGAAUCAGGGCCGAUCUCCGCCGCGAAUUGGCCAAGACGAAAGAAGAUUACGAGAAGAUGGCUGAAGAAAACAGGAAGGAGAUCGAAGAAUUAAAGAACAAGUUGCGGGAAAAGGACAAGAUCAUUGAGAAGUUUGAGCAGUUCAUUGAUAUCUGCAACCAGCGUGUCAUGGUCAGCCUUUCGAGCAAGGAUGAUGCUAGUCGUGCAGCUGGUGCGGCAACUUCCUGAGUUUUUGGAGACGGUCAAGGCGUUUUGCUCUGGGUCAGCAUAUUUUUCCAGCCUUUUUUAUUAUUUCUUUUGAGAAAAAAAAAAUGAACGUUAUGUGGCGAGCAUGAGCGGUUGGUCGGUCAUAAGGCAUGGGCAUGGUUUUGGGAAACGGCUUUUCACGAACAAAGCAUGAGGCGUCCAGGUGUGGAGUUGAAAUGGGAUUGAUGAGGGAUGAGAUGGGAUGGACGGAUGGAUCCAUAGUCCGGCCUGUGUGCUGGGAUUUACGCAUGAGGGCAUUUAUUAUGGUGUGACUUACUUUUCAGUUGGCGCAUAGUUGUUAUGGGAAUCUCGAAGUGGAGGGGAAAGAAUGGUGUUUUUCGGUUCUCGGGAUAAAACGACAUUUUUUGACACUUGAGGAUGUGCUGCUUCUCUGUGACACUUGAUAUGUGUGUACCUCCAGACGUCACACCACCUUCACAAAGGGGGUGUAAAUAGCAACCGGAUACCUACCCCUAAGUGGGAGUGUCUCCCUUG